AUGUCUCGCCCACUCGCAUCCAGUAGUCGCAGCUCGUCCGCUUCCUCACUGACAGCGCUCGAAACGCCCGACUGCCUUACUUGCAACAGCUCCCGCCUCUCUUCCUCAGCCACUUCCAUCCAUGAUGAACCCUUGCACUCUACCACCGCGCAUCUCGCUCCCAAGCUCGAAUCGGCGCUAUCUAGCUGCCUCACAUCCACGCUCGAAGACAUGAUUCGCACAGAAGGCGGAGGAAGCUGGCCACCCAUUCCCACCUAUCACGACUCAUGGCCACUCUGCCUUCACAUCUACCAUCACGUCGCAAUUCAAGCUCCUCCUCGCUUCGUCUCUCCACAGCUACGUCCCAACUACACUGAUGCCGAGCUCAGGCAACGCAUCGACGAUAAUCGCCUCUGGCUCAAACAUUCCCUAGCCUCGAUCGAUCUCGAACAAGUCAUGGCAGCUCUUCCCCAACUCCACCCCAACGCCCGGCUCGGCUUCCUGGCGUGCACAGCUUAUCUCAUCCACCUCUAUCGAUGGGGUACACUCCCUGUAGUUGCCAUGGCGCAAGACGAAAAAUCGAUUGCCUUUCCGCACUCUAUUCAAGUUCCCUUUCGAUGGCUCAAUGACUUUUACGGCAUCGAGUCGAGCGGCGGUUGUCUCUAUUCCAUGACGCUCGUCAACGUCAUUCCUCGCGGUGACAAGCUCGAGAUGGCGUAUUCCAACAUGCGUCAUAUGCCGCAGCAGUCGGUCGUUGACGCAGAACGUUUCAACGCCUUUGUCUUUUACGAGAUGGAACGUCUCUCGCUCGAGCUAUACCGUUCCAUUGCCAAGUGUCAGUCCUUGAUCCUUCACGGCCAAGAGCAGCAGGCUGCCGAUGCGCUCAAACAAGGCCAUGUAGCGCUCAAAGCUGCCUUUCGCCACUUUUUCGACACGCUCAAGGAGGAAAAAAUUCAGAAGCAGGUCUGGAUGUCGCACGCCCAGGGCUUCCACGGUUGGGGCGUCGACGACUUUGAUGGCGUCUCUGGCGACCACUCGCUCCUGAUCAGGACUCUGGAUGCCUUUCUCGACAUUCCUCUGCGGACACAACCCGGCUGCCCCUUUGCUACGGCGCAGGUGCCUGUCAAGUCGUGGGAUGCUGUCUGCCCCGUUAGUGGUGCCUGUACAUCCACAGACGCACCAAGCACUCCUGGCCUGCUCAGCCGGCUCUACCACUGGAUGUGGCCCUCAGCAUCUCCGCCGCCCACCAAGCUUGCCACUGUGACUUGUGCUGGUCAGAAGCAGAUGAAGCAGAUCCAAUUCAGCGAAGUGCCUUACUCUAAUGAAUAUCUGCCUCGCGGUCAAGUCAACUGGAUUCGCGCUGUUCGCCAAGCCAGACUUCGUUCACUUGUCUCUUCCUCGCCCAACUCGCCUGUGGCGCAAGAGAUGAACGAGAUGCUCAAGACUUUCAAGCUCUGGAGGAUGGGCCACACGCGCAAAGCCGUCUACUAUGAGGAUCUACAUCUGCCCGAGCGCAAACCUAUGACCGCGUCCGGAGGUGUCGGAGGCGGUGUAGCUCAGGAUGGAGAAGGCCUGGCCCAGAUGAUGGAGAAGCUCGAGGCGAGAUUGAGAGCGCGUAUUGCCGCCACAAAGUGA